AGAUGUUUAGUGGAAUCCCUUGUUUCAUGACGGUUUCCCUGUCACGAGAGCCAGUCCGUCGUCCUUCGACGUCGACUUAUAAAAGCUACAGACCCGCAGGGCACUUGGCAUUCGAUCCAGAAUCCGAAACGUCCAGAACAAACACAUCAUGCAGUCCCUGGGAUUACUUUUGAUUGUGGCUGUCGCCGUUGUUCUCGGGAAAAGCGACACCGACACCGACACCGGCGCCGGAAACAAGUCGGUGACGAAAAGGGAUCACGGAUUUUUCCCGUAUCGCGGCUCGGGCUUUGAGCUGAACCAGGGCGGAGCGUUUCUUCCAGGUGCCGGGUCGCACUCCUUGGGUUUCGGCGACAGCGGGUCGGCGGAGCAGUAUUACAAUCACGCCGCGACCCCGUCGCACUUGGCACAAAGCUUCCAGCGGGUUCCGAUCGUCGCCGCCGCCGCGAGGCCGCAGUACCAGAGCCACAUCGGGAUCCCGACACGCGUGGCGACGUCGAAGGUCGCCGCGUUCAGCAGCAGCAGCACCAGCAGCGACGACGACGACUCCUACGGCGUCCGGACCUACGGCCGCCCUCUGGCGCCGACGCGUCACGUCUCCACGACCCAGUUCUUCCCUCCGGGCGCUGCUCAUAACUUUCAGAAUGGGGGUCGUAAUUUCCCCUCGUUGGAUACGGUUGCCUGGAAAAUGCGACGCUUUCUCACUCCGGCACCCUUUAUUCUACCCAAAGAGAAUCCAGGGAUCCCUUCUCGCUCUCACUCCCCGAGUUUAGCGAAACAAGGAACGAAAUUACGUUAUGAUCCCGCAUUUGUUCCUAUACCAACAGCAACGCAGCCGGUGGUGACGCGGCUCGACACUGACAACUCGUUGGAGGAAACUUACGGGGGUUUGAGACCAUUGGGUUACCAGCAGCAGUCGGGCGUUUAUGGCGUCUCUCCGGCAGUGGCGACCGUGGUGCGUCCGACCUUAGUCAGGCAACAUUAUUCCAGACCGGCGCCGGUGGUGCGCGGCUUCAACACGCAAUACUUCGCCGCCCCGGAGGUCCCUGUUCGACGCCUCAUUUCACGACCAUCUUCCACCAGGUCUUUCCAAAGGGUUUACGCUCAUUCCACUCCAGUUGUAACGAGCCACAGCCGUCGGAUCUACUCCUCGCCGGUCACAAGAUACCAGAGCGUUGGUUACUCGCCUUCUAGAACAUACAGCACGAGUAGCUAUGUGUCAGCUGUCCCAUCCAGAAUCAGCUACAACUCCUACGACGGAACCCGCGGCUACGGUCACAGUCUCUGGAAUGGGAAGUCCAUCAGUCACUCCGUGUCUCGAGUGGGCAGGAAGUGCAUUCCGCUGAUGACUGCGCUGAAAGGAAGCUUGUUGCAAGGAUGUUUCAUUGAUUCCUCCCUCUUUCUCGGCAGACGGGCUCCACUCUGCCCGAAGAACCUACCCAUCAUCGUCGGUUUGGUGAGGGGGUUCGGGUCCGACGACGAGGAAAACACGAUUGCGAACUUCAUCAUUAAUUUCCAUCUCCAUCCGCACGGCAAAACUCAGGCAAAGGAAGGACAAGUUCCGAAUUUCCGGCGACAGUCGUCCACCUCAGAAAGAUUAGCCUUCGUUUUGAGCCAAAAAGAAGUUUCCUGCGAAGACAUUGCCAAGUCCGUGCGCUUUAAUAAAUGCGCGGGUGUUGAACGACGAUCGCGAGUUGAUCGCAGUCUGCAGGUCGACAAGAAAAAAGCGGAUCAACGAAGAACGGCGUCUCACCUUCGGAGGCGCAGGUCCUGCAUAAGGAAAGAUGACUUGUCCCUUGCUGAUUUGUUGUCCAGGAAUGUUGAUGACAAGCCAGUGAAGCCAGCUUCUGAACAACGGAUUAGCACGACUUGGUGCAUCGGGAUCAACCAUGAUCAAGAAGAGUUGCACGGCUCCUCGGCGUUGCAAAACAACACGGAUUGA